ACUCCAGCGAAUGUCGACCUGACAGUUCAGCAAUGUCGACAUCUCAUCCACUGAACUGCAAUUUUGGCGUCCUGUCAGUUUCAUCACGGACACGACAGUAAAAAAAAACCUCGAAGAAAAACGCCUCAGUUCGGGGUAAAAAGGAUUCACAAACUGUGUUGUAGUGUUGUUUCAGCGCAUUUCUUAUCGUGUUUUUAACCAAUUUCCCAUCACAAACAGUUCAUACAACCGCGUGAUCUUCAUCUCCGCGCGUCUGUGUCGUGUCGUUAUCGUUUGCCGUCACUGCUACACUCAAGGCAAGCGUCAGUGAGAACACUGAAAGAAAAGUGCUGCAGCGGUUCCUAAUCGUAAACAGCGCACUAAGCAGUCGCUGGCAAAACCCAUGGAAAUGGUGUCUUUGGGGCCGAAAAAGGAUGGAAAUCCUAAUGCCGAGUUCUUUACCGCACCGGAAACGUUGCAAGGUUUCGAAACGGUGCGGCUGUGGUUGCAGAAACACUUCAAAAAGUUUCUCGCCCCUGAUCCUCCGACGAAAGAAUCGUUGGCACAUUUGAUCAUACAAUUCAUACAGUAUCAGGAAGCAAAACUUGGCAAAAACUCCCAAGAUCCACCUACAACCCGAUUACCGAUACGAUGCUUCAUGGAUUUCAAACCGGGCGGUGCCCUGUGCCACAUUCUGUCAACAAUGUACCGCUACAAGGCGGAACAGCGCUGGCGAAAGUUUGACUUCACCGUCAACAAGAACCCGAUGCGCAAGGAUCCGAUCGGACAGAUGGUGCUUGACAUUGAGACGGCACUGAUCGAGGCGGAAUGUAUGCGACUUCCGAUCGUAUACAUUCGCCCGGAGGUUGAUCGUGCGACGGCCAACAAGAUAACCGACAUUGUCACAAACCAUCAGGGAGAGAUAACGGUGGAUGAGGAGGAAGCAACCCACAUAAUCUACCCGGUUAUUGAUCCGCUGCCGGAGGAUUAUGCACGGCCGACGUUCCGGCGUGAGAAACACGUCAUGAUCCAUUGGUACUACUUCCCGGAGUCGUACGAUACCUGGGUACCGAAUUCGUUCGAUCUGCCCGAUAACGUACCGGAAAGUCCACCGUCCCCGGCCGAACGUUGGCGUGUGUCUGCCUCCUGGGUGAUUGAUCUGGACGAGUAUAACGAGUGGAUGUCGGAGGAAGAUUACGAGGUGGAUGAGAUGGGCCGGAAAAAGGUGCAUCCGCACCGGCUUGGUGUGGAAGAUUUGAUGUCGAGUGUGGCCGGUGGUGGUGCUGGAUCGGAAGAUAAAGUGAAGAAAACGCCCAAAGUGGUCAACUCGAAGCGUAAACGAUCGCCUUCCCCGGCCGCGGGUAAAGGUGGCAAGCGAAAGAGUUAUCGGUCACCGGCCGCAUCGGCGGCAGCGUCUUCCUUCCAGAAGAAACCCCGAGCUGACGACGAGGAGUCGGAAGAUCUGACCAAGGACAUGGACGAUCCGACGCCCGAAACGAACAUCACCGAGGUGAAACCGAACAUGGGCAGCUCGACAUCGGGACCGGCCACACCGCAACCGAAACGCGAUCCCGACAUGAUGCCGAUGAAGUACGCCACCGUGACGGAUCUGGACGAUGAGAUGGAGCGCGGUGGAGUCGGUGCGGGUGGCGCAGGUGGAAGUGGUUCCGGCAUGGGUGGUGGUAGCGGUGGAUCCGGGGCCGGUGUCGGUGGUGAUGACAGUCAGGCGGGCAAGACGAGCGAUAGUAGCAACACGCAGGAUUUCCCGGUCGGUGGUAAAGACGAUCUGGAGGACAACGUAACGGAACAAACGCACCACAUAAUCGUGCCAUCGUAUUCGGCCUGGUUCGAUUACAACUCGAUACACGUGGUAGAGAAGCGCGCGCUGCCGGAGUUCUUCAACGGCAAGAACAAAUCCAAAACGCCGGAAAUUUACAUGGCCUACCGGAACUUCAUGAUCGACACGUACCGGUUGAAUCCGACCGAGUAUCUCACCAGCACGGCAUGCCGACGCAACUUGGCCGGUGACGUGUGUGCGAUCAUGCGCGUACAUGCGUUCCUAGAGCAGUGGGGUCUGAUCAACUACCAGAUUGAUGCCGAUUCCCGCCCAACCCCAAUGGGACCGCCGCCCACAUCGCACUUCCACGUGCUGAGCGACACACCUUCCGGGCUUCAACCGAUCAAUCCGCCCAAGACGGCACAACCAUCCGCGGCGAAGAAUUUGCUCGAUCUGGACAAAAAGAAUGCGACCCUGGGCGAGAAGAAGGAUGAGCUUGCGCCGGGUGCAAUGGCGACGGGUGGUGCAAAUGGUGCUGGUGGUAUUGGUGCACCCGGCACACUGAUCGGUCCCGACGGUAUCAAGGUAGAGCAGGGUGCUAUCCCGACGGCCGACCCGAACGGACAGUUUGGUUUGCGGUUGGAUCAGUACGCGAAGAAACCAGCUGCCAUGCGCAACAAGACGGCGGCCAGUAUGACGCGCGAAUGGACUGAACAGGAAACGUUGCUGCUGCUCGAAGGGCUCGAAAUGUACAAGGAUGACUGGAACAAGGUGUGCGAGCAUGUCGGUUCGCGAACGCAGGACGAAUGCAUACUACACUUUCUGCGUCUGCCCAUCGAGGACCCAUAUCUGGAGGAUGACAAUACGUUCCUGGGGCCACUAUCAUAUCAACCGAUACCGUUCAGCAAGGCGGGCAAUCCGAUCAUGUCGACCGUUGCGUUUCUCGCUUCCGUGGUUGAUCCGCGCAUUGCGGCCAGUGCUGCCAAGGCGGCAAUGGAAGAAUUUGCCGCUAUAAAGGAUGAAGUACCAGCUUCCAUGAUGGACGCACAUUUGAAGAAUGUAGAAAAAUCUAGCUUCGGUGGUAAAUUUGAUCCAAACGCUGGGUUGGCAAACAGUGGUAUUGCCGGCACAGGUCCGGACAAGGAUAAGGAAGAUGAAUCGGAGAACAAAUCAGCAACAGCGGCCGCUGGUAGUACGGCGACACCUACCGCUGGUGCUGGUACACCUGCCACCCCGGCCACACCAAGCACGGACGUGGAAAUGAAGGAUGUGUCGAAAAAGGAUGAUGCCGAUAAAGAAAAAGCAACCGAAGAGACAGCCACGAAAUCGCCUGAUUCCGAUGCCACAGCAACGACGGCUGACGCUAGCAAACAACCUGGCGCCACAACGGAUGCUGCACCUGGUACGGCUGCUUCCGUACCGGAUGCGAAGGACAAGGAAGGUAAAGACGGUGCGGCACUAACGCCUAGCGCAACUGGCAAUCAAUCCGAAACGUCAACCGUUGCUAAAGAGAACGGUUCGACCGAUCCGAAGCUGUUCAACGAAGGCAAUCUGCAAGCGGCAGCUGCUGCUGCAUUGGCCGCGGCUGCCGUUAAGGCAAAACAUCUGGCCGCAGUCGAGGAGCGCAAAAUCAAGAGCCUGGUUGCGCUGCUUGUCGAGACGCAGAUGAAGAAGCUGGAAAUUAAGUUGCGCCACUUCGAGGAGUUGGAAACGACGAUGGAACGCGAACGCGAAGGACUCGAGUAUCAGCGGCAGCAGUUGAUACAGGAGCGCCAACAGUUCCAUUUGGAGCAGCUAAAAGCGGCCGAGUUCCGGGCCCGCCAGCAAGCUCACCAGCGUUUCCAGCUAGAGCAAGGCCAAUGGCAACAGCAGCAGGCACAAGCGCAAGCGCAGGCACAAGCACAAGCGCAAGCUCAGGCACAACAGCAGCAACAGCAGCAUGGUGGACCCGCAGGAACGGUCGGUGUUUCGGGUCAAAUCGCUUCGUCGGCCACACCAUCAUCCCAUGGUUCGCAACAAAGCACCGGUUCGGCAUCGGGCACGACGACUACUUUGCCGCCGGGUCAACAUCAUCUGAGCGCCGCUACGAUGGCCACCAAUCCGGGAACUAACACUGCAAAGCCGCCAUCUAUCGUUGGUGGCCCGGGGAUGGUGCCGGGAGCGCCUGGAGCGAUACAUUCCCCCAACCAAGCAAUUCCGGGUCAAGUGUCCGGACCAACAGCAGCAGCAGCGGCAGCGGCAGCAGCAACAGCAUCAUCGGCACUGCCAGCGACAGCAUCCUUACCAUCGGUCAGCCAAGGACCGGCAGCAACGUCCGCAGUGCCCCCCUCCAACGGUAUCAUCCCCCCUAUUACCUCCACCCAGCCGCCCUCUACGAAUCCUACCGACGGUAUUACAGCAAAUAGUAUAAUGCCACCGGGUCUGGGUGCUCCGGGAGCAUCAGUGCCACCCCCCUCACCGGCCGCCGGGGGUCCGCACAGCGACCACUCGGCAGUAGCGGCGUCGGGCCCGACCGCACCCGGGCCCGCCGGUGUCCCGAUGGUGCCGCCCCCGUCUGGCCCUGGCGGACCCCAGCAGCCAUCGCCGUCGGAACAGCAGCAUGCACCGCUGCUAGCGGCAACACCCCCAACAGCGGGUUCGUCGUCCGAUCCCUCCCUACCACCACCAACCGCGGGAGAGGGAAUGCCACCGGCGGCAGUACCGAACCCGUCCCCAUCCUCCGAAUCCCUCGGAGAGCCGGGCCAGGUUACCGCACAGCCACCGGAAACGACAACGAUCAGCGCGAGCACCGUCGUAGCGAGUGAUCCGGAGCAACAGUCCGCCGGAGGAGCGCCCAGUGAAGGACCGGUUGGUGUACCACCAGCGACCGGCACGCCACCAUCAUAACUCCGUCGGAACAACCUCCACCGGAAGCGGCAGCAACAACAGGAGGCAAACCCCCCGUUAGCGAUGAAUCGUGGCGUACGAGGCCGUGCCCGACGGCGUGGCAGCUGAAGCCGUCGAUGAGUAUGAGGCAUAUGCGCGCCCGUAGGCGUGUGUGUACAGAGUUUCUACAGUCGGUGACAACAACAAAAGAAAAACACAGAUGAAUCUUGUUAGCGAUUAACAACGGGAGUAACUAGUAACAAAGCAUUGACUUAGCACAGGAGCAUAACACCCUUCGGCAAAUAUGUGUCCUUGAAUAUGUAUGUGUGUGUGCGUGUGUGGUUUAUUUUUUAAAGUAAAUGUAAUAGUAUCGUAGGGAACACCCCGGGGUGUACAAUCCGCGUGUAGAAUCCGCACAGCAGAGCAAUUUCAUGCAAACCAAGAAACCGCGUACUCGCUUCACCGCUCUAAUUGACAGGCUUCUCUAAUGUCCACGUUCAUUUGCCAGUUUUAAUUUCCGACAACAGUCUUCUGUUAACGUUUAACCAACCACCACUUUCUUCAAUGUUGUGUGUGGGGCGCAAUAAUGAUCAUGCGUUACGCACCGUUUUUCUGGACGAUUCGCGCAAAACAGCGCACUGUGUAUGUAUUGCGUUUACGGCUAUACAUUUUUAUUUGUCAGCAAAACAAGUCGAUUUUUUACGACAUUUUUAAAUGUGACGAUUGUGGAAUAAAAGUUGUGUAUGUAACCACCUUCCCAGGAUCCACCCUCCCCCCUUGGCACACACAGUUUUGUGAGGCAGUGUGAGAGUAAUGCAGUUAUAGGUUCGCGGUACACUCUACUAUUAUGGUUUAUUAGGAGCAUUAAGGCGAUUUAUAAGAAUAAGAAAAAAAACAUAAAUUUAAUUCCGUAUUAUACCCUAGCAUCGUAGCA